CGCCGAGCACCUGGAGCUCUCGGCUCUCCCGGAUGUCCCACCGUGACCUGUAUCGACUCUCGGUCACUGAUCCAGAUCAGUUCUUGGGCUCCGCUGCCGUGGACAGACUUCGCUGGGUCGAGCCGUUUCAUCAGGUCCGGGACUGUGACCUCCGCAGCGGUAGGAUCAGCUGGUUCCUCGGUGGAAAACUGAACGUGUCUGGUAAGAGACGCUCCGAAGACCUGUCUGGAUUAAAACCAGCAAUAGGCUACUUGGUUUGACUAAAGUGAUUAAACUAAUAAACUGCUGAUGCAACUUCAAUAACUGAGAUUUAUAAACCCACCUGUCGAAGAGAGUCCAGAUCUUUAUAUACUGUCCUCAUUAGACACACCUUCAAACCAUGAGCUCAUUUAUUGAUAAAGUUUAAGUAAUCUAUUGGUAAUGAUCCUGUAAUUAGCCUGAAGAAAUUUACAACCUUUAUUUGUGUUCUCACUCUAUUGAAGUUGUUCAUAAACUCAGUUUAGUUUCUGAACAGUCAUGGUUAAUAUGAAACCAAAAGUCUCUAUUAUGAGAAAAAAGACGAAUGUCCUGCAUUGGGCUAGAGAUGAAGUAUUCUGAUUCUUUGGCUGAAUUAUAACAUCACAGAUUACAAGAGAAAUAUACUAUAUGAAAAUCAUUUUGAUAUUUUGAAAAAUAGUACAACACAAUUGUAACAAAAUUGCUCUUGGUGUGGGUUACAUUCAGUAACUGUAUGAUUUAAACUGUGUAUUUAUUAGCAUUUAGCUGAGCAGACUAGACAGAGGUGGGCUAUAAUAUUCUUUAAGGAGUGUAAUCACCAGGAUAUAAAACCCUGUUCACUUCAUUUUGAAGGAGCCUGUUAUUUCUACACAGAAGGCGGUCUCCGCCUCACCCUGCAGUCAAUGACACGCUGAAGUCAAAGUUUUUGUCAUCCUCCUUUUCUUAGCUGAAAAUGAGACGAUAGCUAAAUAACAACUGAUACACAAGGACAAAUGCUUAGCAGAAGUGAGUGGAGGGGGGGCUGGGGGGAAUCCAGUCAGAACUAAUCUGUGCAGUACAAAUGACUGAUCUACUCCAGACGGACUCACAACUCUGACUGUGCUCUCUGUCUCUGAGUAACACGACAAAAUGUCAGUUCCUGAGAGAAAAGAGGAGCAGUCAUGUGGACAAACUUCAUUUUGAUGCCAAGAAAAGACAGGGCGACUGUCACAGCUGUAUGGACCUCUGUCUUUCACUGGUGUAGAGGAGACGGGUUGGUUGUCACACUUUUCUCUUGUAAAUUUCUCAUGGUCAACACAUCUUAUAUCAGACAAAAGCUGGUGGCUUCGCAUUAAAAUGAGCAUCCCUUAAUUAUAGUUCAUUCAUUUAGCUGCAAGUAAUUAGCUUUGAAGGAGAAGUGCCUUCAUUUCCCUGAUAUGAAUUAGUCAAUGUUUAAAAUCUUUGUGGGCUGUAAAUGUGUCUAUUUCUGCUGCAAAUAUGGACAUUUUCACUCCAGGUUUAUAUCGGUAUACUUUCAACAUGUUUUUAGGGGUAGAUGGUGAGCAUACAGAGGCUGACAGAGUAAAUGUAGAGGCAGCUGAUGUGUCCAGUCUCUGCAGUGAUUGUGAUGUGUCUUUAUCCUUCACUGUUGUUUCUCUAUCUUUGAUAAUAAUCCAAUAAUAUUUCAAUAAAGAGGGCUGGAUUACUUGAAUUGUAUCUGAUCUGAUCUGAUUUUCUCUUGUUACAUAAAUUACUUUAUAAAUCUGCUGCGUGAGACACUAAACAGGAUGUUCAGCUCUAAAUCCAUUUUAGGAUUAAUUUUCAAUCAGGACUUAAAUGAAGUUUCCAUCAGGAUCAUGUGCCAGUUUCAACACCACUAACAUGAUAAUGUGUGUUUAUGGGACUCUGUAAAAGGACAGGAAAAAGGGGUCAUUUCUUCUUAGUAUGAAAAAAAACAAAAAAAAAACAGGCUGAUUUACUGACUUUAUUUAUUGACCAGAAGCCUCAUUUUAUUCUCGACAUGCAGGCAGGAACAGCUCAGUUCACAGAGUCUUUAUAGUUCCUGUAAGCAGCUGAGAGAAACUGCAUCCUCAUCUAGAGCUCGGUGCUUAAACACAAUCAAAGACUGGCACUGAGGUGAAGGUGACCUACAGGUAAAUACAGCUGAAAACACCUGAUGUGAUCGCAGGUAAAAGUCAGUUAUAAAUACCUACUGCCCUCCCUCAGUCCAUAAUCUAACAUCACUAUUAUCAUUUGUAUUUUGUUAGCUGUAUCUCCCUUUAUGCAGUAGACACUGAUCUAUAUCUUAUUUGUAUAUGCUACUUUCUAAAGUCAUCUCCUCUAUGUACACAGGGUCUUUGUCCUAAUUCAAUCACCCUGUUAACCUCCGUCAGAAAGCAGAGCAGACAACUAACACUGAAAUCCUCAAAUCAUAUAGAUGAGCACACUGGGACUGCAAUAGAGGAGGUUUUUUACAGCAGCCUCAGAUUUUUAAUGAAAUAGACUCCAAAAUAAACUACAAGACUGUAUCCUAUAUUCCCCUGGUCCUGAUAAAAGGUAUGUCUGAAGCUAAAUAAAGUCCUUAGCUUAUCCUGGUGUUGUCAGACCCACCAACCAGCUCAUAUCCAUUUUAACUGGCAGGUAGUUUUGAACCAUAGAUUAUAUAUAGAGUAGACGCCGUCUGCCUCCUCACUGGGUGAAGCCACUGUGAGAACAGCACCCUCUGGUGAUGGGCUGCAGUAUAGGUCAUAAAUCCGCCUCCUCCAGCAAUCCCUAUGGAGCUGAGGACAAACUUAAGAAAUUUAUUACACAGAAUAUACAUUUUUCUCCCCCCCCGCUUGCGAUGUUGACAUGUAAUUACUGAAAGACUGGUUUGUGCUCAAGUCCUCUUUUUACUGUGCAGCUCCAUUUUUAAAAGUUAUCAGGGGGUUCAUGUUUUCUAUGAUUGACACUUGAUACAGCCUGUGGGCGUAUGGAGAUUGUGUAGCUCACCAAGGGGAUACGCUGUUUGAGCUGAGCAUCAUCACAGCGACUUUUGGCGUCUCUCCCGCUUAAACGGUACAAUGCUACUGCAUAAGUGGUGGUUCCAGAAAGUGGAAGAAAUAAUGAGAGCAAUUCAGCUUCAAAUUCGUAUAAUGACGAGAGGCAGAGCCAAGUUGUCUGUAGUAUGUACCGUCUAUGGUCUAGACUCACUGUUAACCUGAACAAUACUCUGGAUUUUAGAUGGACCAGACGAGUCACAGUCCUUCAUUUAGAAAUUUUAUAAAAUGACAACACAGGAGCACCACAUCGCAGUCUUUUCAUAAGCAGCCAAGGUGACAGCCUCUGCUGCAGGACCCUGAGUCUCCACUGAUGAUUCAAACAAACAGAAUGAUGUUUUUCAGCAAGUCAAGAACAAAGGGCUUCACUUACAUCCUUCAUCGGGGAGACAGGUGCGUUUGAUUUAGUGCUAUUUGGAGCUGUUUCACACUGCACUGCUCUGUCCAGUCCCCCACAGAAGGACUUCGACAUGCAACCAUUUCAUACCCCUCCCAGAAAAAGAAAACCAGAUUAUCACCUCUCAACCUAUUUGUCAAGGUGAACUGGUCUGAUGAUGUCAGGCUAACACUGACGUCUUUGAAAUACUGACUCAUGAAAAAAGCUUAAAAGGACAGUUAAAAAAAUAAAUAAAAUAGAACAAGAAAUAAAGUGAUGGCUAUAAACGCUGGAGACUGUUUUGACAUAAAUGAAAAACAAGCUUUCUGACGAUAAACACUUGAAUUUUCUUUGGCACCCAACAGCUUUUCUAUCCCACAGAGAAGAUCAGAAUAUUUUUUUAGAAACUGCCUGGACUCAAUCUCUCAAUGAUGAAGAAAUUCCGGGGUGAUUUUUGGGUUAUUAUUUUGUGAAAUUGUGUUAUUUUUUCUAUUAUUUGACUCUGCUUAACAGAGGGUGCCAUCUUUGAUUCGGUUUGUUGACCAAUCAGAGGCUGUAUCUACAAACUCUUGACCUGUAAAGGUCUAAUCAAAGGAUCAGUUCAGCUUGAGAUAGACUUCACAGUGAAAGCCAGAACUGUUUGAGAUGGGCUCAUCUUAUUCAGCUUAUUCUAGUAUCUAGCAGAUCUUGUCUUGCACACCAGUGAGUCAGGGCUGCGUUUACACACAAUUGUUUCUUAUUUCAUUUAGCUGUGACAAAUUUAUUGAAGACGACGAAAAAAAUUUGAUUUAAAAGAUGUUAAAACAUGAACUUAUCAAGCUGGAAGGACCAAAACAAAAAGAUGAGACAGCGGGAGAAAAAGAAUACAGGCAGUCAAAUCUGACUGAUAGACAAGGGAGCUGAAUUAUCAACAACCUAUUCUAUCAUCAUGACCUUCACCAUCGGUCCACAGAGAGUUGCUGCACACAACAUGCCGUCUCGCCAACACCCUGAAGAGCCAUGGGAUCCAGAAGGGG